AUGAUCAUCCUCCGCCUUCUGCGACGACCGGCGGCGGCGUCCGCCCUGACUGUGCGGCAUGCCAUGAGAUUCUCGUCGCAGUCGACGAGUGGUCUGGGUGAGAUACCAGAUGGAAGUGUUGUGCCGCCCCUUCCUAUGUUAGAUCAACCCAUCGUGCCUGUCGAUGACCCGUGGGUACUGGUCGACGCGGCGCAGAGGUUAAUCGAGGCCGUGCACGUGACGACCGGCUUGCCGUGGUGGGCGACGUUUGGUGCCACGGCGAUCGCAGUGCGAGGCACGUUGUUUCCAUUGAUGGUGUACCAAAUCAAGGCCACGGAACGGAUGGCGGAGGCGGCCAAGGACACACGUGAGGUGUGGAAGGCCUACUUGUACGCCCGUAUGUUCUUGCCGCCUGCGAUCCCCCAAAAGCAAGUGGAAGCGUUCCAACUCAUGUACAAAGGCGUCAAGUUGACAUGGGAAAAGCACAACACGCACCCCAUUCAAUGUGUGGCGACGCCGCUGGUUCAAAUCCCCACGUUUCUCCUCAUGGCGUACAGCACGCGCGAACUGGUGCGGUCCGGAAAGGUCGAUGGCCUCGACACCGGCGGCGUGUGGCUGUUUCAGAACCUCGUGGAGGCCGACAGCACGUUCAUCUUGCCGGCGCUGGCGGUCGGAUGCACGUACUUGAACUUUGAGUUGAUGGGCACGUCCAAGAUCAAGCUGUUGCAGUCCCUCAAGAACAAGUUCCAGUACAUUCCCCUGCUGUCGUUCCCGUUCAUUUGCCAGAUACCCCAAGGCAUCUUUUUCUACUGGCUCGCGUCGUCGUGGUGUUCAUUUGCCCAAACGAUGGCGCUCCGUCAACCAUCCAUCCGCCGUGCCCUUGGCUUGAAGGACGUGCCGACGGCGACCGCUUCACCGUCCAUCUCGGCGCAAGAUCCCGCCAAGUCCCUCCUGCCGUCGACCCCCUUGCCUGCAACUCGGCCAAAACGUCGUUAA